AUGUCGCGUAAGCCGAGGCUCGCCGUUCCCAGCCACCUAGAAGAUGUUACACAAACAAGCAACCUUCUCCCUGGUCUACUUCCUCGGACGCUUAGUGCCGUCCUCACAGAAACUAGCACGGACUGUUUACUGGAAUAUAAUGAUGACGACUGUGUUAGCUGCAUGUCUGUCUGCGAAAAAACUCCAAGACAUCACAAACAGGCACGCGUGCACACAGCUUCCCAAGUCCUUCAUGGAAAUGAGGCUCGUAGAAGACCCCGUCAGAACAAUGGCGAUGUGAAUGACUUCGAUGCAAUGAGCGAGUGCGUUGCAGACAACAAGUACCGAAGCGGAGUUAAACUUUAUCCUAGGCGGAAGAUCAUUUCAAGAGGUAAAAGUGGAACCAGACGCAGUAAUCCCACUCUCGAUACAUCCAACUCAAACUUCUACGAUGGCACUCACAGUUUUGUCACUUCACCUUAUGUGAAAAAGGAGCGUUGUUGUUCCUCCACUUCUGGGGAUAGUGUCCAACCACUCAUGAAGAUGACGAAGGCUAUGACUGAUGGACAUGUAACGCGGACCAAGUCUGACAUGAAUGUAUCUACAAGGUAAGCUUUGAGUAUAAUUUCCUUUUAGAAACGUCUGAAACAACAGGUAACGGCGUACUCGCAUACGCUCUCCUACAUCGUUGCCCAAAUGUCCACUUAAUCAGCAAGCAAGUUAAGGGAUUAAUGGUGGUAGAGACGGUCUAUAGUGAUAGAUUCUCUUCUUAAAGUGCACGGAAUCACGUUAAUUGUGAAUGAUGCUUAUGGUUUAUCGGCUCGAAAAUCCAAGAUGGCCUACUUUAGACGCCACUCUAAUAGCCAACUCAAAACGCAGACGGGGAAUGUUAACCAGCACAUAGUUUGAUGAGAAAUCGCCGAGGGAGUAUACGUUCUCUUCAAGCUGUUUUCCUUCUUGAUAGUUGACUGAUGACAGACUUUUAGACAGAAUGAGGGAUCAAACAAUGGGGAACUGACGCAGGGGAAGGGGCGCUUUAUAAGCUGCCAGCCUUCCAAAAGCCUUCAUUUGUGCCAUGACGUUAAUAAACAAGAACAGAUUGUGGUCGGUUUUGCUGGAAAUACUAUUGGAUGAGAGCUCGAGGAUUUGGCGGUUUUAAUCACCUAGUGUGGGAAACUGCAUUCGACUGAGUACACUCAUAACACGCUUUUCACUGAUUUCAAAGAUUUCUCAGCCAACCACGACCACCAAUACCAGAACUAACAUGUAAUGGCGUCAUCGGACUUUGAGACUUUCAAUAUCGCUAGAGACUGCAUCCGGGCAUCACUACAACCAUAGGAAAUGGGAUAUCGAUUUGAAUGAAUGAAAAUAGAACUAACCUUGACACAUACUGAUGCUAAACGAAGAUGGGAUGGAUGCAGACGAAGAGAAUGUGCUCAGAUCUACUAGAAAGAUCGAGUGUCAGUGUAGCAGCUUUGGUAAUGAGGAUAAACCGGAAGUUCAGCGGGACAUAUUUGAAUGUUCCUGUAUUUCUAUGGCAACCGUUUCACUGUCAGUUACUCACUAGAAACAAGCCUUACACGAGCAUUACGUUGAUAAUAUGCGAAAUUGAGUGUCUGCUACUAAUUGAAAGCUAUCAUAGCCAAACUGACGAAGUUGGUCCCCCAUGUUUUAUACUAUUUUUUUUUGAUCAAACUGUUCUAAAUUGUUUAAAAUUGGGCACUUUUCGAAGACUUUGAGGAGCAUAAGAAAUAGCACCUCUCUUAACUUGAAAUAUGAGUAGGAAAAAUAUUUCUUUGUAAAAUAAUGCGCUGGCUCCAUUGCUCGGGAACACAUUUGUAGUAUUUCGAACAUGGAAUGGCAGUGACAGAUAAGCUAAAAAUCAAAAACACAUUGAUUCGCCGGCGUGUCCCGUUCUGUCAUCUGUUACAAGAGGUUCUGAUAUGUAGUGGGCAAAAACAGAAGUUUGCAAAACAUGUCGGUCAAAUAAAAGCCGUGUUCCUGAUUUGUUUACUUAAUAGUGGAAGAAAGUACGUGAAUAAACAGGCAUAUGAAUGAGCCAACUGUUCCCGUCGUAGUCCGCUAUCAGGGUGGGGAAUCAGUUAUUCAUUUUUUCACAGGCCGCAGCCCCUUACACCUGUCACCUCCAACUGGGACCAUUGGCGGUUCUACCUGAUUGUUUUGCGAAUUGGGCCGUUACUUUUUCUGUCAGUGAUCAUUAACUCAUAAUUAUAUUUAGAUGCUAGCUAACGGUGUCGCAGGGUUAAACUCUUCAAAACGGGUUUCGAACAGGACCAUCCUGAUCAGUAGGAUAAUACUUUUACCGCUAUAUCCAAGAUCCAAUCAGAAUCCUCAUGGCAUCAUCGAUUUCUUAUCAGGUGACGACAGCCUGAACGUCAUAAACAGAAGUGAGCGCAUUUUUUGUCAUCUGCAUCCCGGUUUGACUAUGAUCGGCUGAAUGAAAGUCAAAUAAACCCGGCGGAGUUAAUUUUAGAUCGUCUCUCUCAUGUUUUUUUAUGUCAGGGUUUAUUCAAGUCAGACCGCAGAUUGUAUCGUCCAGUUAGCAUUCCAUUCUCGGUGUGAAAGCUGGAGAAAGCACGCAAAUCAGUUUUUGUCAAUCCCUACUGCGUCCCGUAAAUAUUGCAAUUCCUUGUGCGACAAUUACAAUUCUCUGAUGCUGGGUCCGGGCAUGAAUCCGAAACGUCAAGCACAAAAAAUCCGUGUUCCAGCAAUCGCGUCUACUGUCGAUUUUAGGGCCCACAAAUCAAGGGUAGGGGAAGAAGAGUCUUUGGGGCAAAUUCACUCACCGACUGACGUUUGGUACAACUGGCUCUCUUGUAAAUUGUUAGUGUUCCACCUUCACCGAAUUAUGACGAAAGUCUAUUUGAGAAUUAUGGCAGUGGAAACGACUUCUUACUGUUCUAAAAAUCCAUCGGUUCUCUGCAAUAUUUUAUUUUGAACACGUAAGCGGACAGAUUGGACGUCAUUCGGGGUCACCGUGACGUCUCCUUUCAACAGAGGGGACAACUGAUUAUAUGUUGGAAAUGCGUUCAGCGAUCGGUUUACGCGACAAGCUCGUCCCGUUGUGCCUUGUGACUGGGGACGGGUAUGACUGGCUAGUGACGAAUAAUAAACCAGAAAUGGUCAUUCCCGUCUUCCCCGUCUUUGUCGCCAUACGACUGCAUUCGGGGAUCUAAAAUGAACCCCAAAGCAAAGCGAGACGAGCAUAUCCGCUGCUCCAAUCAAUGGACGCAGUCCAAACAUAGUUGCUAUUCCCGAGUCGAGGCCCAUGGCUCGGUAGUAGAGAAUUCGACUUAAUGAUCGGAGAUCCCGGGUUCGAAUCCCAGACGCUCCAACAUGGGGUUGCGUAUGGCUGGCUGAUGACCGCUAACAGGCCCGAAAUGGUCAUCUUAGAUUCCCUGGACUCUGACGGUACUCCAUUCAGACCUAUUUGUCUUUGUCAAACAUACAUAAGUAAACUUUUGUGGUUAUUAGGAGGACGACGCGUUUUUUUGUGGCCGACGCAUGCCACAAUAUAGCUGCCAAAAAUUAAUGAGCUUGCUCAGCCUGAGCCUGCAAUUCGCAACUAAAUCAGAAGCAGAGAUCUAACUUCUUUUCUUUGACUCUCCUGUACGCUGGCACACUGUCCGACACGACAAACCACCUACAUCUGAAUUUCCAUUCGCAGUAUUUAAAUGUCGAACGCCAACAGCAAUUACCCCCUUGUUUGCAAGGCAUGCAAACAUUUUUACAAAAUCAAACAGCAUCUCUGCUUAUUCGCAGACAAAAGAUCUGAACAAUUACACGACCUCAGCGUCUUCAAACCAAAGGAAAACCGAGGCAUUUUCGAACAAAACCUGCCCUCGACGAAAAAUAUCCUACUGAUGCUGGGGAGUCCAUCGUUUAUAGUAAGGUAGUAUCGAAGGUAGUCUACAUUUCUACAAAUGUUCUGCGGGAGAUAGCGCCUUAGGGCUGUAUAUCGAUCUGCUUUGGAUUUAUCAGGUCUCGGACGAUUGAGUGCGCAAAGGACACGACAGAGUGGCUUUGGAGUGACAAGGUUCGUGUCUAGUAACACUGAGCAGAGAUGGUUUUUCGAAAUUUUACAGGUCUUGAAGCCCAUGCGACAUCAGACCCAACGGACAUUCCACAGGUUCAACCACCUCCGCCAACGUCAUGAGCAGCAAGUAGUGGGUGCUUGAACUACCAUCGCACUAGUCAGAUACUACAAUUUAAAAUUUGGUCGGAACCAAAGGCAGACCAACACAGGCGGCCAUUGGAAUUUGUCGAUUUUUAUGAGCAUAAAAGCCUGGAUAAUUCCUGAUAGACACAGAUCUACGAAAUUCGGGACAGCAGUCAAACUUGACCCUUAUAUAUUUAAAGACUUUUCGUAACAUUUGUAACCGUUCACAAGCUCUGCUGGAGGUUUAAAGUAAGGUUUUAGUUAGGGAAAGCAUGUCCUUAUAUUUUUUAAGUACAGCUUAUUUCAUUGUAUUAGGUCUUCUACCGUUAGGUCCUAUCUAUAGAAUGCCAUCCGCAGUUCUAUCACAUCCGAAUUCACCUGAAACACCUGAAAGAGAAUAAACAUAGAACAUUUAACUUUUUCUUCACCUAACAGAGAAUAAGGAGCUGGUGGAACUGAUUCCCGAGCCCAAGCUAUCUGGAAUGGUACGCAUCGGAGUGAGCAUUCGACGGCCACCUGGAGGUCCCAUGGCUUCACAAGCAACAUCUAAUUUCUUACAUUCACGAGAAAACUUGUUUUACAAUGAAACGAGGUUAUUUUGGAUGUAGUCUGGAGUGUGAAAUACACGAUCUUUCAGACUUUCUCACCUGCGUUCCCGUUCUGGUUUAACAGGCAAAGUAUCGGUCGAAAAUUAAUUAAGCCAGUGGAAUCAAAAUGAAGGGCAUGUUAGCCAGCAGAGGUUCGAGUUGUCGACAAACCUGCCGUUUAAGCAGUUCACAUGAAUUCUCAUCGAAGAAGAAGUCCGUGACGUCCCAUCGUUUACAGAUUAUUUAAGGUUUGCAUUUCCAAAACCGUCAGACCAGACAUUCAAUUUUGCCAGAAAAUGCAGGCGCCUCUAUGGCUGUGUUUACUGUCGCCCUUGUACAAGAGGAAAGCCUUCACUUUUUAGCUAAGGUUUCAUUUUCAGUUUCCACUUUCUUCUUUUACAGGGUGCUCUAAUCAAUUAAUAUAAUUUACCCAAAAAUAGCAAGAAUGACAGGCAAGUAACCUGGAAUCAUUAAUCAACCCAAAUUUAUUUCAUGCCAACAAGUAAGAUAUUAAGUAACAUCCAACAAGUUUCGGAUUUCGCUUGGCGUUUUAGUCUACUCCAAUCGUCAAUGCUUCUUGGGUAAUAAUAAUCGCCUGCUCAAAGAAACUAGAGAGGGUUAAUUCAUGGCCAAAAGGUACGACUUACCAAGAAGUCAGACAAAUCAACCUGAUGUCUGCUUCAUGUGGCGCGAACUCAAAGGCUUGGCUGAGGGCUGGACGAUGUGUGGCAUGACAUGGGAAAGACAACUUUAGGUAAGCAUACGUAGGAGAAUUGGGUGGACGUAACAGAAAGACACAGUUAUAGGGGACCAUGGGCUCGUUCUGGACGACUACAUUGGAGCCGUCCACGUAGACUUUUCCUUAGCCGCGUUAAAUUAGAAGGGUUUGCCUAUGUCAGAAAACAUUCAGGAAGGAGUCCCUGUUGUACAGCUUUGGUAGUAUUCGCGUCCAGUCACAGUUGGGAAAGGAGUGUGUGCGUGUCUCCAAUUUUCCGGAAGUAACCGUGGCGCCAACGGGCGACAGCAUCCGCACAAAAUGACAUAGACCGUUUGCAAAUUCGGUAAGAUCUUUGUCGCACUAGGGGAGGUUGAGAAGUGCAGUUUUCAUGAGGUCUGGACGAUUGUGAAGAAGGCUAUUUCGAUAAUGAGCCAGACGUUGUCGGACAUGAGGGGUGAGUAGACAUCAGGGAGCCCCAGUGUGGUGCGAUCGAACAGGUCACUCUGUAACACGUAGAGCUAUAUUCAGGGGGCAAGAAUGCCGCAAUAGGAUGUGAUGUGAUGAGUUUGGAUGUCUCGGAGGAGAAUCAUACAAGACGUAAUUUGGCUGGUGUUGCGGAAAUUAAGCUCUGCGAGGUGAAAACAUUCAGCCAUAUCUGGUGCAUUCAGGAGGAUAGUCACUGUCUUUAACCAGAAUCUAUCGACCUCAAAAGUAUCUGACAGGUUUCUUUCGAACAGACUGUUGCGCAAUUUCGUCAAAAAAACUAAUUUUUCCGGAAUAACAAUUUGCUUUCUUUUAGUAGUAGUGACUUCUGGACUACCUACCGUGAUUACUGGCCAAGUUUUCCCCUCGCGGUAGCAUUAUCUUAAGUUAUUUGUGAUGAGUCAUGUCUAUUGAUAUAGCUGACUUUCAACUCACUCGGCCAGAGUAUGUGGAUUCCUACUUCGCAUAGACGGAAUCAACAAACAACAACUUUCCGUCAGCGAGGAGCUACGCCCUUAUUUUUUUCCUUCUCUUAAUCCCUCUCAGUUAACUGUGGCUUCCGUGGUCUCCAAGACUAUUUUGUACUCAUUUAAUUCAGUGUUUCAUGGCAAAAGGCUUGCAUUUUUACAUUACCUUGUUGCCAACCCUUUUCAGAUAGCUUAUUGGUGUCCGAAAAUUCUCUUGGUCAACGCUCUGCUGUACUACUCAGAAUUUCCUUCACUGUUAUGAAAACAAGUAACUUUCUCGGUCAUAUCUUGUGUUUUCAAAUUGUUUGCCCGUGUGUGGACUAAGCGAGCUCACUCAAGAUGCUUCUUAGUUAUUUGAAGAAGAAGAAGAAGAAGAAGAAGUUGGGCUCACCGGAACAGGUUUAUUAGGAUGCUGACGUUUCGAAGAGCUUGGUCGGCUCUCCAUUGUCAAAGCGUAAAAUGCACUCAAUCCACCAGAGAUCCCAAGUGGCGUGUCACGUUGGACGGCCUCCUGCUGGUCGAUUUUUUUUCCUCUCUCUCUCCUCUCGCUGCCGCGGCCUAUCAGGGGUGGUGUUUUGUCUGCGUACAUUGUGAGUCACCAUUCCGCCAGGGGGGAGGUGACUGAACCAGUUAGUUAAUCUACUUUUGGAUGACACUCGGACGCAGUUGAAACUGAGAAUUUCUUGUCGUUACAGGUGAAGUUCGACAUGCAGAGGACUGAGACCUAACUAUUGAUUUCCCCACAACAAAUAACGGGAUUUUCUGGACCGAUUUUAAAGCACAGAUACCACGAUAGAUGGAUUGAAAUGACUGUCCACGUUGCCUUGACAAUAUUUUUACGUGGACCUAGACUAUUGCGAAAUUCGUACUUGAGUUUUCGGUGAGUAUUAUUUGGCCUGGGUGUGGGGAAGCGUUUUUCGCAUAACCGACACCAAUCCUCAGUCCUGGCACUACACUCACUGACAGGAGGUGAGGAAACAUGCUUCCCGCCGUGAAUGCAGGCCUCGAACUAGCUCUACGGGUGUAAUCUUGGGAAUCGCAAAUUCGCGACCUCCGGAACUUCGAGACUUCAAGCUGUUUAUUCGUCUUAGUGAAGUUGUUUAUUAGCCACUAUGCUCACUGAUGGGAAAUCAGCAAGAACAUUUGAAAAUGUCAAAUCUGGCCAUGGGAGGUUCAAAUGAUGGCAAACUAUGUUGAAAGUGGUUUCACCAAACGGGUUUGUGGCUCAAUCCAGAGCUCCGCAAGCAGUCGCAGAACGACAAGUAGUAUAUGCAGUGGGGUUCUGAGUGGGAUUGGGUAUGCGUGGCUGAUGAGGACCAAGAGGCCGAAAGUGACCAUUCCAGUCUCCUUUCGCCUUGUCGGCAGACUCCCUCUGAUAACAAACUCUCUAAUAGAAUUUUCGAGAUGGACCGCGGCUCGAAAAAAGCAUCGAAGAAUUGUUUUUGUGAUCCCGUUUAAAGGGGCUGCCUUCAGCGGACCGAGCACUUAUGGAAUGCCUUUUCACAGACGUUUGUAGCUAUCAAGCAGAAAUAGUAUCUCGCUCCCGGGUGUACAUAUGUGCGAAAAAGUUUGAAGUUAGUACUCGGAUAACUGAUUACUCAGACUUACCUGUCGCUGUCAAGUCACGUAUUCCAGUCACCACUGCGAAUGUCAAGCGGCAUUAAGUAUUACCUUUGCAUGAGGAACAUCGGCUUCAGAUAACAUGCAAAAUAGCUUUCAGAAUUAAUCUGAUGAGCUCUGCUUUGCAAUGGCGUCGUCCGAUUGUUAUUUAUGGGUGCAAUGGGCAGAAGUCGAAGGCAUAUCCCUUUACUCCCUCAGAUGGGCUUUCGGGUCUUAAUGACCUCAGCGCUCAUUUAGCUAAGGAGAAAAUAGUGGUCUUGGAGAACAGAAAUCAGAUGACAAGACCACUCCAAAUGUGAAAACAGUUCAAUUUUUAUCCUAAAUAAUUUUUAUUUCCAAAUCGAAAUAUAAAAAACGGAAACAAUUUCAUCGAAGUCAAUACAAGAUCCAUUGACCGAAGGAAAAGAUGAAAAUAAAGUUCGCUGUCGAAAGCGAAGUAAUCCAUCACAAAUUCAGUCGUCAAGGCGAAGGCCUAAAUCAGGGCCGCACUGUGUUUGAGCCCGCCUCGCCAGAAAACAGCCUAUCGUGGAAAUGACCUUCAUUUGACCCAAACUGACGAAGUCUGCAUCAGUUUGGAAAAGAGGCGUUCUCCUCUGAGUCGGUUGACUGCGAGUUGUCAUUUAGAUUCGCGAGACAAAGUUCCACGCGCACUAGUGGGGGCAUGUCCAGGUCGUCGGCGCUCUGGUCGUAGGGCAAAACACUUAUGACCCCGCCAUUCUCUGCGGCGGGUGGGUAGAUAAAGCACAGUCGUUCAGCAAUCUGCCAGUUUGGACAUGACAGGGCAGAGGCCAAGACCGGGAUCGCCAACCUUGUAAAGGGCAAAGCAUCCUAGUUGAGGCUGGUAACUACACUUUGUGGUAAAGAUUAAGGCAAUAUUAUGGCCUUCAUAAAAAACUCCUGCCAAGUAGAUAGGCGCAAGAACCCGCGCAGAAUAUAAACGUGCGGAUCGGUAGAAGAGUCAAGAAUAGGACUAAGUAUGAACGAGUGUAAAGGUAAGCAGGACAGGAAGGCAGAGGAACUACACUUUAAGGAAUUAGAAAGAAAACUGUUUAUUGAUGAUAGUGUUUUAGUCCACAAACGAGACUGAGCAAUGCUCACUGUUUCAAUGUACGGGGCGGUAUGUACUCUCGCGCCUUAUUCGCAUCAGCGGCCUGCAACUAUUCUCUAUAACUGUCUGCAAACCUUUGUCAUUAAAACGGGCCACGCGGUUAAUGCUCUGGAACAACAUAGAGGCUAGAUGAGAGUCCAAUGGGCUUUAUCGGAAAUGCGGACCCCUAACAAAUAACAACACUGGGGUGUAUUAGCAGACCCAGUUGCCGGUUCACCUCGAGAUCUCUGGGUUUGUGUGAUCCCCUAUUUCUUGCUGCGGUGUAAAAUCCCAGUCAGUGUACGUUGUGGUCCAGGAAUGUAACUGUACGUCUAGGGACGGGUUCACGCCGGGCAAGCCACCUACGUCCUCUCCCGUCCCCGAUCCUCUUGAAACUGUCUUGACACCGAGUCCAGGUGGGUGAAUGGGAGAAUGUGCUGUAGUUGAUACGCAAGUCUAUUAUCAUCGUAAAUUACUGCACGAGCAAGUCACAGUCCCCGCUCUCACCCUGCUGUAAAGUGCACGGUUACCAUCGUAGGCGAACUGUCGUCGGCAAGAUUAACCUGUCAAAAACCUGUUCGCAUUGGAAGAAUGUGUCGUCGGGCGCAGAACGUCGUGGAGAAGCCGCGUACCGCUAGAAGUUUUGUAGGUCUUGUCCUAGAGAUCGGAUUGCAUUUAUGACCUGUCCAAUAAUAAUCAGAGUUGCCUUAGGACAAAACCACGAUUUCUCACUUAGCAAACACAAUGUUAUAGACUCCGCAGCAAAAUAACGAAAACUCACCUAAGUUGUUUCAGUGUUGCUUUUUGUGCCGCCUUAAACUAGAAGCAACCAGUGAUACAGACAAAAUAAUGGACUUCCUGCAUUCUAGCAGCAGUACUUUCGGAAUCAGAAUCUUAGAACCCAAAAGUUAUGUACUUAUAUAAUCCACCUUUCUAGUACCACGCAGCCUAAUUCACUAAAUCCCUGUAUUCAUUAUAAAAAAUUCUCCGCAUUCUUCGAUGACGGCGAGAGCGAGGAAAAAAAUAUUGCGAUAACUGGGGCAGGUAGCACUGCGAUGUCUUCAAUAGUCACUGACAGUCACAAGAUCAACUGCAUCGGAGGUCUGCAGUGCUUGACUGACUACUUGCAUAGCUACGAUAAUUUCGCGUCUCCGUCACCCUUUCAUGACAGGUUCUGUAACUCGGUGUCCCGUUUAUUUUCUUGUCACCACUUCAAAUUAACCAACCAAGUUGAACGAACCUCGGGACUCCGCCCUCCGGCCGCAAUUUAAAGUGAUUACUCCUAUACAACCUUCCUCACCUGAUUGGAACCGUUCGUCUGAUACGUAGACGUAUCUCCUCUCCUCCUGGUAGUACGACCGUCAUUAUCAUCCAGUUGAUGAGAUCAGGAAAUUCGUCCGGAUGCCCGGACACCCUUGAUAACGAGCGUCGGGGGAGGCAUUGGCUGUAAGCAGAGAGACGAACACUCCGGCUGCGGUUUGAAUUGUUUGGCGACGAGUGAAGGAGGCAGACUUCUCUAGCCUUUACCGGCAACUGUGCCUCCACUGGCAAGAGGCUAGACUGAUGUCGAUUUGAAAGCAUAUUUCGUUUAUUUACGGCGUUAAAAUUCAAGGAUGCUCAUUAUCCUUUUCACUAAACUUCAAGGGAUUCAAAACUGCGUGACAGGACCCAUGUGAUCUUCGUCGACCGAUCGAUAUGAAUGUACGAACAUGACGUGCAUCAAAUUCGCAGUUUGUGAAUGUUACGCAGGAGAUAACAGAUUCUUAGUGCGGCCAUUGUGUCUGAAAUUCAUUUACUCCUAUGGAAACCUGUGUUGUUAAGUCUAAACAAUAACGGGAUGAAUCUAUAGUCAAUACAAGUAGAUUUGAUUGGAAGGAGUUAUAAUCGUUUGAGUGGCUGGAAGAACUUUUGAGCUUUGGAAAUUGGACGUCCAGUUUUUGAUUCAAAUUCAGCCGUGAACAUUUUUGGCUUCAACACAGGAGAGUAGCACUUAGCUAAUUGAGGUCAUCUACUGAGUAUGACCCACAGAUGUCGAUGUAAAUGACGCUCUAAAAAUAUCUCUUCAGUUGAGCAUUGAUGUAAUCCAAACUUUUGAGCACGUAAUGAACCAGAAUACUGAGAUUUUUCGACGAAAUUUUGUCUAUUUCAAAAUAAAAUCGUGUUUUACAUCAUUAAUUGGACAUUCAAGCAAAAGCUUCAUCAAGCAAGUGGUUUUUAAAUGUUUUAGCUUAUUCGUAACCACGUAAUCACAUGGUUAUGAUCCACCCCAACCGGAGAUUGUUUGUACAUUUUCUGAUAUAAAGCAACAAUUCUGACAUACUAUCCUCAUUUAUAAUCUUUUAUAACGAGGGGAUCACGCAGAGCUCAGUUUUAAGCCCGACGCUAUUCUUUUUUUCCAUCAAUGGCUGCGCCAGAGAUCCAGACAGUAAUGCCAUACCGUCCGCUUACGGCAUAAAACUGUAGAAAGUUGUCCACAAUGCGGCAGGCGUCAACUACCUGCAAACGAACCUUAAGAGGCUCGAGGACCGAUCGCAGUGCUGGCUUAUGCCCUUCAAUGUAAUUAAGUGAAGUUUUCUUCAACUUGGCAGCUGCCGAGACUCCAGUCUGAGGACUUACUUUUUAAAAGAUACACCACUGCCACAAGUUGGCAGUCAGAAGGACUUGGGUGUCGAUAAAAGCGAACAGGCGAGUUCCAAGAAGCAGUCCAGAAGAAGAAGAUGCAAUCGGUGGUACAGCGGCGCUCAACAAUCGUUUUUACGGAACUCCCGUUGUGCCUUAGGGCUCUCUCCCGAUCCUAACCAGCAGCCGCACAGCGGCGCAUGAUAUAGGCAGAAUAAAAUUACCGACAAAGACCAGGGAGACUGGAAUGGCCAUUUCUGGCUUAUCGGCCGUCUCCAGCCCACCAUAUCCAACUCCAAAGUGUGGAACGCCUGGGGCUCGAUCCCGCGUCCUGUUGGUUAGAGGCUUAACGCCUGUAACCACUGAGCCACGGGCUCGUUGUCCUGCCGGUUGCGAUCGAAAAUAUGCAACGGUAGAGGAGUGCUCACCGAUCACUGGAACAAGAAGUUUAUUGGCCUAGCGUUAUGAACUCUUACUCGAACCCAUCAUCUGCAACCGUCUCUAAAGAUGGGUUAAAGUGAGAAUCCAAGACGUCAGGCCAAUAAACUUCCUGGUUCAUUUAUCGCAUCUUCUUCUUCUGGACUUCGGUGGGUGGGUUACAUCUUCACUCAAACCAGCACUGAAUUGUACGAGGGCGACAAGUCGGUCAUGUAUAUAUCGUAUCUCAUCGGGUGAGCUUUUGUGGGAUAUGUCAAAGAUAGCUUCCGCAAAAUAUUUGGGGCCUUUGUGCGACCUCCUCUAGAAUACACCGUACAUGCAUGGAGACAGUGGACUGUCAAGCGCUGUACCGUCUUAGAGAAAGUUCAGAGACGGGCGACAAAAAUGACCAAGGGUCCUGCCCUAUGAAAGCAUGCUGUUGACUCUCGACCUAUUUUUUCUUUCCUGCAGGCAACUACGAACUGAUCUCAUACUAACCUUCAGCAUUACGAAUGGCCUGGACUGUUGCUCUGUCUCCAUUGACUUUUUCACGCAGUCUAACGCCUCCACUUUGCAAGGUCAUCCCAUAGAACUACGCACAGGUGAAGGCAAAGAUCAGUGGACGCAAGUUUUUCUUCAGUGGCAGAGGGACUGCAGCAUGAAACUCACCGCCCACUGAGAUUGUUCUCUCCUCCUUUGCGGAUUCAUUGAAGUACAAACUCGACAAGCACUAAGCUUCUCACUUGCCAGGCACACACACCUCCACAGUCAUCAAACUUACAUACGACUGUGCCACUUGCAAUUAAUGAGUAGACGCUCAUGUUAACUCUUUUUCGACCAAGAAGCAUGUGCUGGCUUUUCACAUGUAAUUAUGCAACCAAUCUCUUUUUGGAUGUUUCUUACACACCGGUCCUUAUUCAAAGACGUUUUCUGCGUCUCUAGGCAGAUUUUUUGUAAGAUCCCCAGAACACACUUGCUUACAACUGCACCUGUGCUUUCACCGUCUUCCGCGGACUCUGCAAACAAUAUUCAUUUGGACAAGUAAAAAACCUACGGGUAGGAAUUUCUGGCCUCGAUGUGGGCAUUUCCCUUUCUCGCGAUUGGGCGGAAACCGUGAUGAAGUGGUAGACUCAUAUUCAUCCAUUGCCGCAUAGUACUCACUCAAGCGUCGCUUAAUGCGUCUGAAUGUGGUGCUCCGGUGGGAACCAGAGUAAUUAAACUUCAUAUUUAUUUUUAGUGGUUAGUAAGAUUGGUAUGUAAAGGGUAUAACCGCACUUUCAACACGAAGACUGCUACAAGGCACACAAUUUCACUAACGGAAAAAAACUGAUAAAUUAACGCUUUAAAACUAAUCACGAGUCACGUUGUUUAGCACAGACAUCAAUAACAGACAUAAAAAUAAACAUUGAUUAACGUAGCACUGACUUAACAGAUUCUCUAUCUUUGAAGGCAGCACUGACGCUCACGCCGCUUAGCUCGGAGAUAAGUUUACUAGACAUUUGUAACUUAAACAAAGCUAUAGCUUUUGCGGCUCGUCUAUUGCCUAACUGCUAGUCAUGGAGCAACUAUAUCUUCAAAAAUAUUAAUUAUUCCAACGAAAAAUAUACCCCUAUUGUCUAUCUCACCGAGCUGCAAUUUGCAAAAUAGAGGAAGCUCUAGCUCUGUUUGACCCCCUCCCGGGCCCUCCGUUUUUGCCUAUUCGUAAAUCGUGCCGAUUUGUUGAAUCCUAGCGCUUCCUUGAACAAGUUAUGGCUGACUUUCCCUGUAUCUUCGUUUUCUCAUAAUCUGGGCCAUUCUGGUGAGGAAAAGACUGCAGUUGAUUCUGAAGGAUUUCAGCGCAACAAGAGGACGGUUGCACCCACACACUUGCUCACUCCGCAAAUAACCCCAAGCAGAUCUAAGCAGGUGCCUAGUUCGAGAGCCUGGUCCAAAAAAUACGUCCUUUUUGGUCGGAUGUGGUUAUGCGGCCCCACCUGAAGUAAACAAAACCCAGUCAGCUUUAAUACGGCACCAGUGGUAGUAGAGAUUUUUUGAGGUGGGGCCGAAGAACGCACAGGCGACGAGGUAAAAUAGUUGUAUGCAAAAGAAAAGCUCCUUGGAAUGCGCGGUUGUACUAUGAAUGGUUGGGAAAUAGUCGCGCCUUCUCCUAACCAUAGCUCCUAACCCCAACCGCAACAGUAUUGUGUCCAUCAGGUGGGGCUACCGAUCCAAGUCUUACCUUCUUUUUAUAAGAAGCCUUUCCCUUAGCGACCAUUCACCGCAACUCGAAACACUGCACACUUUGGCUCCUCCAAAUUCUUAUAUGAAUGCGAUUAAAAACUGGCUGCUCAUAGUCCAACCUAAGAAUAGAUAUCCCGCUCCAAUCCUACAGUGCAUUCUCCGAGCCGAGCAAACUAUCCACACGACCGCAUUUUCAGUGUAACCACAGCACGGAUGUUCCUCUUGGGCAAUUGAACUCUCCGGGUCCUCGGUAUCAGUUGGAUCUGGAUUUGCAUUUCCUUUAUAAGCUUAUUUAUCUCGUAGUGGAACUCACCCUCCUAUCAUUUUUCCAUCAACAUCAUGCGUUCCUUUAACCGAAUCUAGCGUCCCUGAUAACACAGAUCCUUUCGCAGAACCGGACGCGAACACCCAAUCUCCUAUUUCGGCAGACAUUCAGUCGAUGAGUGGCAAAGUUCCCUCCUCCUUGCCCAUCCCGGGGAAGAGACAACUAGCCCCUUAGGGUUUUCGUUUCGAAUGCCAAGUCCCUGCCAAAAAUAUUGUCGCUUCAAACUCUGACGAGAGCCCAUUGCCGAGACGUUGUUCUUCUAACCGAGACAUGUACGGCGUCUUAGGCGGGUGACUCGAAACACUCUUCCUGGCCUCGCUUAUAUUCGAAAAAAACUUCCUGGGCAGCUGUGGCGAAAAAAGUUCACUAAUGUAAGAAACUAUUUGAAUUUCUAUCGAUGAACCGUCCAGGUCUUUUCCUGGUAGAGGAUCGCUGAAGGAUUUAAGAUUAUAUGAAAAAAUAAGUAUCGCUUACUCACCGGUUUUGCUUCUCUCCCAUACAACGCCAGCGAAUAUUGGCUGUUUGUCCCUCGCGUGCAUUUCAUAGAGCAGUCGAUUGUACUUCUAGGUAUCAAUUGCUCGAGGGACGACUUCAAUCUUCCUAAAUUCUGCUGAUUUCUACUUUCUGGCCCCAGAAGAUUCAAACUCUUGCUCGAAGCCACGAACGACAAGUGGAAUCAGGUUGUCGAUCUUCCCAUUCGACGAUGAAGCAUACUUGGUUUAACUUCCUUUGGAGGCUGCUUGCCUUUGUCACUAUCACCUCUAGCUCCAAACGGGGGCCCUGACAAUCAGAGAUUAAGCUCAAAAAUAGCGCUUUCCUUGAUUGUUUAUCAGCCUAUUUGCAAGAUUCACCAUAACAACUUAAUUCUCACAACUGGUCAAAUUUCCUCCAUGGCUCGGAUGUAAAGUUUAGCACUGUCAAGCUUAAGAAAGCUUUCAGUCUCUCGUUUUGUUCAUAUUAAAGACAUCACUGGUGUUCCUAAUAGUUUUGUGCUCGUUGUAUGUUCUCUCCAUCCCCGAACACUCAUGUAUCGAUUUCACAUCAGCAACGAUAAUAGGGUUUCUCUUGGUCUAUCGUAAGCUUAGGUGGGAUAUGAGUCUGUACGAAGAAAAACGACUUAAGUAUGGGACUAUGUUCAGUUCAGUUUAUUGAGGGAAAUGUAGGUCUCACCUUUGAACUCCCUAUUCGUUUACAAACAACUGCAAAAUCUUAAAAACUCGAAAAGGUAUCAUAAAGGAACAAAUAAUCGGCAAAGCGUCAGGUCUGUACAGACAAACAAACUGUCUCGAAUUUUAGUGGUACGAGCAGUUGUAGAGCGAACUUUUUUUUUAUCAAAACCAGGGUUCUCGGGAAUACGUGAUAACACAUUGUCCAGGAGUUCAGCUCACUUUUUGAAGGUACCAGACAAAGCUUUUUGAAACCUUAGUAAUUGCUUAUCGAUGCUGUAGAGAUAGCUGUGAAUGAAUUAGGACCGAAUUUCCUCAGUGAAAAUAGUAUUCACAUAACUUAGGUAGCGUCAUUUAUGAAUGUAAUGACUGUGUUGAGCUGGCAUGAACUUUAGUUGAUGGUCUGUGUGUUGAUGGAAAACAAAGAACACACGCAAUCAUCAGUAUGCUUUUUCAGUCGCUCCAACAAUGUCGAGUCCAAAACUAAUUUGGAAGAUCAGUUGACUAUUCUACUACCAAUAGCGGGAAGAAGUCGGAUUGAAAAUGCAGCCAGCACACGUCCAUACACUGUUCACCAGGCGCACAAGAAGUUGAGGACGGAGGUGUCACCGAAGUAUGUCCUCAGAAAACAGUCCUCGUUGAAUGCCAUGCACAAUCUAAUAAACCAGGAUAAGAUCACCCCUUUACCCUCUGUACCAUAGAGGGCAUAUUUGUUAGUCUUUCUAGAAAGGAUCUAUGUUUUAAACACUUACCUAAUCUGUCGACCGGUGAGGAAAUUUACCAAAUCAGUUAUCAUGCGAUCUGCGGUCUGCAGACCUGAAGAAUGAAAUUUAAAUAAAGGCAACAGAAGGUACCAUAAAAAGUUCCAAAGGGUCAGCAUCGAGAAUUAUAAACGUCGUAUGGGUGGAGUGAAGUGCGCAGGCGGUAGACCCGUUAGACAUUAUACGUAACAAAAUGCACAUAAAUUGCUAUGUAUCCAAAAUCGCGAUGGCGCUGCGAACACGAUAUUCCAGGUUGGUCGAAUUUCACAUUUAAUAAUCAGAUGCUCUUGUGCAGGUGGUUGUUGGCUGGAUGUAGUGAAGGAGGACACUCGUUUUCAUGCUGGAAUCUAACAGUGAUACUCAGACCAGGUAUGAGGUUGGUGCAUAGAACUAUUUGGUCAUUUAAACUCCUAUGGACUUGACAGGACCCAACGUCAUCGCGAAACAUGGUCUCACUGAAGUCGCGUUCAUGAAGGCCAUUAUUCACAUGGAGAAUGAAGAACAGGAGCUCGAGAACUGAGUCAUCAUGAACGCCAUCAGUCAUGUUUAGUCAGCCGGAUUAACUAUCUGCGACAGAGGCACGUUGUGCUUAACCGACUAAGAAUGUUAUUAUCCAAUGCACAAGCUUUCCCCUGACGCCAAGGACGCUCACUUUACAUAAAAGACGUUGAUGUGGAACGCGGUCGACGUCUUUGGGGGAAUCAACAUAUACCGCACGUACUUUGAAGCCUCCGUGCAAUUUAGUACAGACUUCCAACGAAGUCAGAAGAUUUGAAAGGCAACACAGCCGUCACCGAAACCAUGCUGAAAAUGCUAUUAUAUGCCAUUUUCACCGCAAACUUGCGUUCUAGCGUGCUUUAUAAGGAUCGUCAUCACUUACAGCAGAGGCAAGUUAAACGGGUGGGACCAAAGCUGUUUUUAAUGAUCCGGCUGCGUCUUUCAUGCAAGGAAAAUACAUUGGCCGACAUUAAUGCGCGGUUGUAAUAUGAAUGGUUAGGAGAUAGUUGCGCUAACCCCUAACCCUAACCCAUAACCCCCACCGCAACAGUAUUGCGUUCAUCAGAUGAGGCUACCAAACCACAUCAUGCCGAAGAGUUACCACCGCUCUGUGAAGAAUUCCUCAUACAUCAGUCCAUGAGACCUGUCUGGUUUAAUUCCGUUGAGGCCCUGUUUUACACCUUCGACAGAAAGGGCAACAGUUUCAACGAUAGCAAUGUCUCAUCCUAUUUUAGACUAAACUUUCGUCUGAUGAUUGCACCGUUAAUACCGAUUUGAUGAACGAUGGCAGAAGCUUCCUUUUUUAGGCCAGUAAGAUUAGACAUUUCCGAUACUCUCCCUGAGGCACACACUUUCGUCCUUGUUUUUCCUCUUGCAUCGGAUGAACCCGUAGGACAUCUUGGCGCAUACAGUGACUUCCGCUGUUAGUCACUGCAGGAAAGAUUUUCUAAAAAUCCGAUUCCGCUUGCAGCGUUAAUUACGUUGCUCCUUAUCUUCAGCAAAGGACGAGGGUUUUUGUAGUUUUUAGUACUUUUUCCACCGUCCAUUACUGAUUUUAAUGCCUUCUUAUCGUCUCAUUGACCAACCUAGGUCAUAGACAGAGUCCUAAUAAUUUCAUUGAGGAAUGGGCUUCACUUAAUCGCUAUACGAACGCCACAGAUACUGUCAGGAAUUCCCCGUAUCGACCUUGAAAGCUAGCUAUGUAGUUUCGAAGCAGCAGUCUUGGUGUCUAAAUCGUCAUUACGGUUAUUUUCUCAGAUCUUGGAUUUCGAUUGUAGAAAGGAUGAAAGAGUCAACGCGCAGGAAAAAGUACAAUGGUCAAUUAAGUCAAGUGGUGGCUGUGAUUUCAUUUUCCUUAUAAGACGUUUGCUUCUUCCUUAGAAAACUCAUUGAUGAGUCACCCUAUCGGAUCACUUAUUAAGACAGGAAGCCAUAAGUACCCUGUGUUCUCUACUCUAUUUCGUCGAGCCCACCUUCUUCAGCUGACACAAAAAGGCCGUGGUUUGCCGUAACGUUUGGAUGCGUCACCCAAGCAGGAGUCUCUUGUUUCACGGCACAGUUCUGAGUCCGCUACGUUUCCUUCUCUAUAUCAACGUCCUCAUCAGAGUAACAAAGUUGUCAUUGCAAGGCGUUGAACACUUAAAACCGCCUAUUGCUAGAUGGUAUCAUUUCCGCCUUCUCUUUGCUCAAAGACGCCUUCCGUUAUUUGACUGCCUACUGCCAUGCUAAACUUUAAGCGUUCCAGGUUUUGUGUGGUGUGAAAUUCUAGGCGAUAUUGAUGGUUAGCAAAACUCUAUGCUGAAGUCGCUAAUUAGCUUGUAGAUAACGUAAUUGAUGAAGCAAAACGCAAAUACAUACUUCCAUUAAUACAUAUGGGACAUUAAAAUCCUAUGCCAGGAAGCAGCUACAUGUCCACUUAAAGUACAUUUGUAGAGGGCUCAUCAGUGAAUAAAUGAAUAAAAUUUCACAUUGAUACGGUCCUUGCAUGGGGUGUAGAGGUGUCCAUUUUUGGGCCUAUGUGAUAGCCGUAGAAGGUCGCUUGCUUGCAGGUGCAGACUACGUUCAGCGUCAACUAACUGGCACCGAACUAUCACGUGUGGCUGCCCGAAGCUAGGCUCUGCCUAGCGCCCACAUACCGGUUACAGCCUCGACCGGCUGGCUUAACCAGGUGAGGGUAUCUGUGUGUGCAUCUCCUCAUAUUAGGAAGCUUCGUCCGCAGUCCUACUCGAUACCACAAGGUGAGUGAACACCCAGGUAAGCCGAAUAUUUGUAUGUUGUCUCUGCUUUUUGCUUGCUCUUGAUUGCUUGCCUUUGUCUGCUUGCCUGUUUUUGUCCUUGUAGUAAGCUGAUAACGUUCUGUUGAAUUUUUCAACUCACCGUUUAUAUUUUGUCAACCAGGUAGCUUGGAAAGGGACGGGAAACUCUGCUUCUCGUCCCUCCACCUUCUGCCAUCCCACGCCUCCCCUUCAAAUCGUCCUAGGGCGACGGCGACUCCGAUCGCAUAGGCGGCUCAGGUUACCUCAGGUCGUUCUCGCAAUAAACAAAGUCUCGGCCUAUAAUGGAGUCCGGCAGCUGUCUGGGAUGUCUGAGCAGACCUAUAUGAGGGAAGCAUUUCUCACCCCCACGAGGGAAGCGGGGCUAGAAAAUGUUCCCUAAACAAAUGCUAGGAUAACGUCCUCUACGCGCUGAGCGAGGGUCGAAGACGCAAAGCACACGGUCGAAACAGUCAAACAAAGAACCAAAUCUCUCGUUUCCCUCUCCUUUUCCCAACCUCCGUCCCACCUCACAGACAGCUAGAGUAGGUUCGCUCACUCUGCCAGUCUGUAAUGUUCGUUUGCUUUCAGACAAUCCCAGGAGCAACCGACCGCAAUCGAGGACGGCGCUAUUGGCUCGGGAACUGACGCAAUACAAGGUGGCCACAUUCAGCGACACCCGGUUCUCUGAAUAAGUCCAGCUGGGGAGGGCGGGUGCCGGCUACACUUUCUCCUGGAACGGUCGCCCAGGGCAGAGCAACGGGACGAGUAGUUUCCAUUCGGAAUUGCAUCGUGGGGCAACUAACUUUCUACUGCGGGGUGUCAAUGAUGGCUUGAUGAGUCAUCACCUGCCUCUCCAGGGAGGCAAACUCGUCACCAUCGAUUAACAGCUCUGACGCUGUAAGGAACAACUUAUAGGAGGACUUUUACGCCCUUCUGGCGACUGUGCCGAAGGCGGACAAGUUGGUUGUCCUUGAUGACUUCAAAGCCCUCGUCGGCAUGACCAGUGCUGCUUGGAUUGGGUAUCCAUGGUUUCGACUGUUCCAAUGAUAAUGACCCAUUCUUCGUGCGAACCUGCACAGAAAACCGCCUCAUCCUGACCAACAACUACUUGCGCUCCUCGACGCGAGAGAAAGCCACCUGGAUGCAUCCUCCGGUCGCGACACUGGCACCUGCUGGACUACGUCCAAUUCCGGAGACAAGACUAACGGGGCGUGCUGUUAACAAAGGUAAUCAAGGCGCCGACAAGUGAUCUGACCAUGGCCUCGCCAUCUCUAAUAUGAGCAUCCGUCUUCAGCCUCAUAUAAGCCUUCAUGUAAGUGAUCCCCACGUAAUUUGAAUGUUGCUUUGUUGCCGUUGCCUGCUCGUCAUCUCCAUUUCAGCAGUGAAGUAGCCCAAAGGCUGGUCAACUUUCCAGUCGCAGCCGCGGCCGCUAACGAAUACUGUCCCGUGGAGAACCGGCGGUUUCAACUGCGUGACACAGCCCAGCAGACCGCCCUGGCUGUGGCUAACCUAGUGAAGCAGGACUACGUCUUUGCGCCUAAACUCUUCAAUCUCAUUUUCUCUGCCAUGUUGAUGGACGCCUGCCGUGACGAUCGUUCUGGGAUCCGCACCGCCCCCAGGACGGUCGGCCAACUCCUCAAUCAACAGGGGAUGCGCUUCCAGUGGCGUUUAUCCACAACUACCGUUAAUUAA